CGUAUAAGUCUUGGCAUAAAAAUAACCUACAGGAUCACAUGCUCUUAUUUUUAACUGAUUUAGAUUGUCCAGGUGCUGAAGAAUCGCUGAAGUUAUCUCCUUAUCUACGAUAUCCUUUCCGAUGGCUAGCACUCACUAAGAGAUCUGAUGAUAUAAAAUAUAUUUGGAAACUUCCACUGUUUGUUGAUAGCGAUUUUGUGCUAGCAAAACAAAUGGUAGACCACUUCUCUCUCACAGAACUGUAUAAACCCUCGACAUUUGGACCUAUGAGCUCAAUCGCUCGAGGUUAUUAUAAUGGAAGUCUAAUUGACACGAGGGAAAAUAGAGAAAUCUUUAGACGUAGGAAGGACAUUAUGGGACAUCCCUUAACCAUCUCCAACGUCAUACAGGACAGCAACACUUCGCAAUAUCACAUAAUAAAAGAGAACAGAUUGGAGCUUCAUUACGAUGGUACGACAAAACUAUCCUAUGUACACGUGCAAAUAGCCUUCCAAAUGCUAAACGCUACACCGAGACAUGUCUUUAGUCAUCGAUGGGGUUACAAGAAAAACGGACAGUGGUCAGGAAUGAUUAAUGAUAUAAAUACAGGAAAAGCAGACCUAGGCACAAACUGCGUUCCGGCUGUCGAACGCCUCAGCGUAGUUGUCUUCACGGACUGCAUCGCCAACUUCGAAGUUAAAUUCAUCUUUCGCCAACCACCACUCUCUUACGUGUCCAACAUCUUUACUUUGCCAUUUUCGAAAAGUGUUUGGAUCGCCAUAGCGACGUCAUUUGCCAUAUCUACAAUAACUAUAUAUAUAGCAACUAAAUGGGAGGUCAGGACAUUUAAAACGGAUCACACCCAACUCGAUGGCAGCAUUUUUGAUGCUAUGCUUAUAACGAUGAGUGCUCUCAGCCAACAAGGAUGUUCCAAGGAACCAAAAAAGUUGUCAGGUCGUAUUAUGUCCUUUGUUAUCUUCUCGGCGUUGAUGGCGGUGUAUACGGCCUACUCCGCAAAUAUAAUGGUCCUGCUUCAAGCGCCAUCGAGCGCUAUAACUACUCUGGAACAGCUUGCCAACUCCGACAUAAAGCUAGCUGCUCACGACGUGGACUAUAAUCAUUUUGUACUUAAGGCACAAAAAGAUCCAAUAAGGAAAGCGAUAUAUAGGAAAAUUAGUCCAGAAAAGGGCAAGGAGAAUUUUUAUAAUUUCAAUGAAGGAGUUGAACUCUUACGUCAGGGCUUAUUUGCAUUCCACGCAAUUUUGGAACUGGUGUACUUACGCGUCGAGGAAACAUUCCUGGAGAAUGAGAAAUGUGAUUUGAUGCAAUUGGAUUUUAUUAACUCACACGACCCCUUUGUGCCAGUUUAUAAACAUUCCCCGUAUUUGGAGCUGCUGAGAGUUGUGUUCAAGCGUAUCCGCGAAUCAGGCAUUCAGAUGGCCAACCACAGGAGGUUUCAAGUUCCAAAGCCGCGAUGCACCGAGAAGAUAUCAACCUUCAGUAGUGUGGGUAUUGUUCACAUGAAGCCAGUGCUGCUGUUUAUAACUUACGGUUUCCUGGCGGCAUUUCUCAUAAUGUUGGCCGAGAUUUUCGUGUUUAGGAUGAAAAUGUUCAAGAGAAAGGAAUUGAAAUACUUUUCUUUGAGGAAUAGGCCCUCAAAAGAAAAUUUGACCAUAAAGUUUCCUAAUUAAUGACUGUAGAUUCAAUUGUUGCUUAUUAUGUCAAGUUUACCUAUUAUUUUUUUGUUCAUUCAAGCCGAAAUAAAAUAAAAUCUUUCAAAAGAACUAGAGAACCAGAAUAAAUUGACCUUAUAUUUGAUAAAAUCUUACUAAAUAUCACUUUGUAACUCAGUCUGUAACACAAAAUUUUUGGACUUGCAAA